GCUUAAGAGUGUUUUGAUCUCUGUUGAGUAACGAGCUGCUCGCUCUGCAAAUCUGCUCUAAAUCCAGUUCCAGUCACCUGUGAGAUUAGCUCCUUCAUUCAGCAAACCGCCUGACUGCGCAGAGACCGGAACAGAAGCCCGGCAGCUCCGCAGAGGAGGACCAUGAACGACAGCACUCAGGAUGGCAAGGUGCUGCAGCAGAUUGAGAGGGAGGUGCGAAUGAGGGAAGGGGCCAGCAAACUUCUGGCUGCCUGCUCCCAGAAGGAUCAGGCCCUGGAGGCCUCCAAGAGUCUGCUCACUUGUAACGCCCGCAUCCUGGCUCUGCUCAGCCAGCUGCAGAAGAUCCGGAAAGCGCAGAUCCUGGAGCGGGCCGGACUCAGGUCAGACGGGGAUCCAGACACAGUGAAUGAUGCAGCACCGUGUUCUGGAAAAGUUGCACUUUCAGAUUUGCGGAUUCCCCUCAUGUGGAAAGACUCAGAGUACUUUAAAAACAAAGGAGAGCUCCAUCGCUGUGCUGUUUUCUGCCUUCUUCGCUGCGACUCAGAGAUCCACGACACUGACAUAGUGAUGGUGGACAGGACUUUGACAGACAUCUGUUUUGAAGUCCCCGUCAUAUUCAACAAGGUGGGUCCAGAUUUCCAGCUCCGUGUGGAGCUGUACAGCAGCUGUGUGGUCGAGGACGCCUCCCCGGCGGUUCUGGCCAUCAAGAGAAGCAGUUUUCUGGGAGGCUCGUUGGGAUACUCGUCAGGAAAAAAGAUCAGAGCUGCGUUUGAGUCUGCGGCUGCAUGUGGAUCUGUUGGAGGAGACGGGAAGCCUGGAUGUUCCCCCUUGCUUGAGCAGUCUGCAGUGGGACCAAAGUACAACCUUUUGGCUCACACAACUCUGACUGUCGAGAAUGUCCUGAAUGGUUUCAAGACGCACGAUUUGACCGUUUUAGCUACAGGNNCCCCCCCCCCCCCCCCCCCCGAGGACAGCCCCUUCUGGUUACCCUUGUAUGGAAGCCUGUGCUGUCGUUUAGUUGCUCAGCCGCUGUGUAUGACCCAACCAGUGAUAAGUGGUCAACUCAAGGUUAAGCUCAAAGACUCAAACAUUUGGGAAAAUGUACACGCUGACCUCAAGGAGCAAGCUCUCCGCUGUUAUCAAACUCAUGAAGACCUGCAGUCUGGGAACAACCUGGUGCUUCUAAUUCCAAUCAGAAAGGAUACUUGCAUCCAUGAGUCGGAGGGACACUUAUAUAUCAAUGCACAGCCUCAACGGAACGAUGCGCCCUUUGCCAUUUCUGCCCACAGUCCUGAAGACACGCAGCACUGGAAGGUGGCCCUGCAGCAACAUGUCAACAACCUAGGACAGUGGAAGCAGUCCUGUGACGAGCUCAUGAGGAUCGAAGCGCCGAAAUCAAAGAAACCGAGCGCACUACAGCGAGGAUCUCUGUUUCAUGAAAUAGUAACGCCGUCUUCUCCGAGAAAGGGUCCUGUGAAUCCAGAUUUGUCGAGUGAGAUCCGCACAUUACUCUCCUCCUACUACAAGGAAAGAGGUGGUCCUGGACACCUGGAUAUGUCCCACUGGGUGGAAGAUCCCGGGAAGACCCAGGACACGCUGGAGAGACUGUGUCUCUCAGUUGGCCUGGGAAUAUCUCAGGGUGCCACAAGAAGAGCUGGAGGAAGUGCCUGA